ACGUGGCUUGGAAGUAGAGGGAGAAGCUAUCUUCCAAAAAUAUGAGUCUUUGAUUCAAUUUCUUAAUAUUAAUCUUCAACCAAAAUGUCAUCAUUCUUACCACUUCUCGCUUUAAUGGUUUAGGUUUUCCUAUCCCACCUUCUCUUCUUCACUGUUCUUCAUCAUCACUUCAAUCUUUUGUUUAUGGGUUUAAAGGAUUCUGGCCUAGGGUUCGUUCGUUCGGAGAUAAUGAAUCUGUUUUCUUCGGAAGACUUCUAAUUCGUCAAUCACCCACCUAAAAUUUUUCAUGGAUUUCUUAAUUAAUGUGAUUAUUUACAGUUAUGGUCUAUGUAUGAACUAGAUUUGUAUCAGAUUUCACCAGGUUUGGAGGAUCUUGAAUCAAAAUGUCGAAAUCCCGCAUGAUUCAUCCACCUCUGGUUGAUACAACAGCUUGUUUAUGCAGAGUAGAUGGAGGGGCAAGGAGAUUUGUCCCUGGAUCAAAACUCUGUCUUCAACCCGAUAUUAAACGAUCUGUUCAUCCAUCGAAGGAGAAACAAUCGACAAAUCGGGGCGAAAGGAGUAGGAAUCAAGCGCCUCUAAUCCCGGGAUUACCUGAUGAUCUUGCCAUAGCUUGCUUAAUCCGAGUGCCGAGAGUUGAACACUGUAAACUCCGGUUGGUUUGUAAACGAUGGUAUAGGCUUUUAUCAGGAAAUUUCUUCUAUUCCUUAAGAAAGAACCAAGGAAUAUCGGAAGAAUGGGUAUACGUAUUGAAACGAGAUAAAGAGGGUCGAAUCACAUGGCAUGCUUUCGACCCAACUCACCACCUUUGGCAUCCUCUGCCCCCUGUUCCAAACGAAUACUCCCAAGCUCUAGGGUUCGGAUGCGUCGUUCUAAGCGGUUGCCAUUUGUAUUUAUUAGGUGGAAAAGACCCGAUCAAGGGUUCGAUGAGACGCGUUGUGUUCUACAGCGCGCGAACCAAUAAAUGGCACCGAGCCCCCGACAUGCUUCGGAGACGUCAUUUCUUCGGAUCCUGCGUUAUAAACAAUUGUUUGUACGUCGCGGGUGGGGAAAACGAAGGGAAUCACCGUUCUUUGAGAUCAGCCGAGGUUUACGACCCUAACAAGAAUCGAUGGUCGUUUGUUUCGGAAAUGGGGACCGGGAUGGUUCCGUUUAUUGGGGUUGUGUUUGGAGGGAAGUGGUUCUUGAAGGGAUUGGGCGGUCAUAGACAAAUAUUGAGCGAGGUUUACGAACCUGAGACCGACAGGUGGCAAGCUGUUUACGACGGUAUGAUUGCGGGGUGGAGGAAUCCUUGUUGUUCGUUGAAUGGGAAUUUGUACGGUUUGGAUUGCGUUGACGGGUGUAAACUUAGGGUUUACGAUAAAGAUGGGGAUUGUUGGAAGAAGCAUGUUGAUAGUAAGAUGCAUAUUGGGAAUUCCAAGGCUUUAGAGGCUGCUGCUUUGGUUCCAUUGAAUGGGAAGCUUUGUAUAGUUCGAAAUAACAUGAGUGUUUCUUUGGUUGAUGUUUCGAGAUUUGAGGAUGUGAAGAAUUCGGUCGCGAUCGAGUGCUUGUGGGAGACGAUUGCGGGGAAAGAAGGGCAGUUUAAAACGUUGGUUAAUAAUAUAUUGUCUAGUCUUGCUGGAAGGAACCGGCCUAAGAGUCAUAUUGUUCACUGUCAAGUUCUUCAAGCUUGAACAGGUUAGCUAGCCUGCCCAUUGUGUUGUUUUUGAUCAAAAAAGUUGCAUAAUGUUCGGUUUUUGGUCUACUUUUUUUUAUUGUAGUUUGAUUAGUAUUUGGAUCAGGAAAUUUCACAUGGUAAUACACAAAUCAUGUUUAUACACUUUUGUUGUUUAUUGCAUUGCAUAAGAUAAAUUUGAUUGCUAAUCAUGUAAAUUACUUAGGUCAAAGAUCAAUUAAGUAAUAAGUUCUUGAAUUAUCA